GUUACAAAAUGGACUACGACGUCAUCGCCAAUCAGCCUGUGGUCAUCGACAAUGGCUCCGGAGUCAUUAAGGCUGGUUUCGCCGGAGAACAGCAGCCAAAGGUUCGCUUCGCCAACUUCGUCGGACGACCGAAAUAUCACAGAGUAAUGGCCGGAGGGCUCGACGGAGACAUUUUCAUCGGACCAAAGGCCGAAUCAAACCGCGGGUUGUUCUCAAUCGAAUACCCAAUGGAACACGGAAUCGUCAAUAACUGGAGCGAUAUGGAAAAAAUUUGGGAGUACAUUUUCGGACAGGAUCAGCUGAAAAUCUUCCCAGAAGAGCAUCCAGUUCUGCUCACCGACGCCCCAUUGAAUCCGUUGAAGAACCGCGAGCGAUCUGCUGAGAUCUUCUUCGAAACGUUCAAUGUUCCAGCGUUAUAUAUUCAAAUGCAAGCUGUGCUAUCGCUGUACGCCACCGGAAGAACGACCGGAGUCGUUUUGGAUUCAGGAGACGGAGUCACACAUGCUGUUCCGAUUGUUAAGGGAUUUGCAAUGAAGCAUGCAAUUCAACGAAUGGAUUUGGCGGGUCGCGAUGUCACCGAAUACCUCCGAGUCCUUCUGCGCAGAGAAGGAUACGAGUUCCACAGGAGCAAUGAGUUCGAAAUUGUCCGAGAGAUGAAGGAGAACGCGUGCUAUUUGGCGUUGGAUCCGACGAAAGUGGAGAAUAAUUCAGUGAAAUCAUCCUACGCUCUGCCAGACACCACGAAAAUCGAAAUCUCCAACUCAUUGUUCCGUGCGCCGGAAGUGCUCUUCAAGCCGGAUUUGAUCGGAACCGAGUGGCCUGGAAUGGCACAUGUUGUCAAUCAAUCAAUUAUGAAAUGUGACGUGGAUCUUCGACAAACUCUGUACAGCAACAUCGUGCUGAGCGGUGGAACGACGUUGUUCAAAGGAUUCGGCGAUCGUUUGCUGGGAGAAAUGCGAAAAAUCGCGCCCGCUGACGGAAAAAUUCGAAUUUCCGCGUCGCAGGAACGAAAUUCGCUCACAUGGAUCGGCGGUUCGAUUGUCGCCAGUUUGGACACUUUCCGAAAAAUGUGGCUCGGAAAGAAGGAGUACGAAGAUAUGGGAGCGUCGGCGAUGCACAAGAGAUUCUUCUAAAUAUUGAAUUUUUUCCCUUUUUUGCUCACUUUUCAUCGUAAUUUAUUUGUUUUUUUUGCAUAUUUUCCCCCUUUUUCUCCCUAAUUUGUUCCAUUUGGCGCUGGCUCAAAAAUUCUUCAAAAUUUUCUCAAAAAUAGGCGACCUUCUUCAAAAAAUGUUAUAUAGCCCGAUUCUCUGGACAUAAUUAUUCAAUUUACCCCCUCCUCCCCCAGUUCCGUGUCCCACUAUCUGCUUUAUGCCUGUUUCAAUUAUUAUUUUUUAUAUCUAAACGAUUCGAUUUUU